AUGACUCUAACAAUGGCGUUACUCACCCUCGCUCUUGCGCAGAGUGUGGUGGCGCGCCCGCACGGCUCGACGGGCAUAAGCAACAUAAAAAAUGUUGUCGUGCUGGUGCAGGAAAACUUAUCGUUUGAUCACUUUGCCGGUGGCCUCACAUACGACGACAGCAUCGACGGACUGGUUCAACGUCAAUACUGCAAUCCAGCGAACGUUUCGACCUCGAUUUCGUCGAAUGUUUGCGCUCAAAACAUAGCGAAAAAUGUUGCUUCAGAAGACCCCAAUCAUAGCAUUUCUGGAGGAAACAUGCAAAUAUUCGGCUCCUACCAUCCACUUUCGAAAGCCCAGUCUUUAAUGAAUGGCUUUAUUACCGAACAGCGACUCUCUUACAUGGAGGACGAUUUGUCGCGAGCAGCUGAGGUGAUAAACUACUUUACACCGGAGCAUAUUCCUGUUUUCAACGCGCUUGCACAAAACUUUGUACUUAUGGAUAGAUGGUUCGCUGCAGUGCCCGGCCCUACCAACCCUAACCGUGCCUACUUAACCUCUGGUGCUUCCCAUGGCCACGGCAUGAACGAUGACGCUUUCAAUCAAUCGGCAUUGCCACAAAAGUCGAUAUUUGAACAGUUAUCAGAAAAAGGUAUCACCUGGAAAAACUAUGAAAACUCGACGAAAUCCGAUCCCCCUUUCUUGCCCGAUGCCUUAUUCUAUGACUGGACAGCAAGAUCUACAAUUGGAAAGACCAAUGUUCUGCCCAUUGAGCGUUUCUACAAGGACGCCAAAGAUGGAAAUCUCCCCCAGUUCACCUGGAUCAACCCGGAAUGCUGCAACUACAUGUCAAUGCAUCCACCAUCUCCGAUUAAUAUGGGUGAAAACUUCAUAAAAGGCAUUUACGAGGCUUUGCGAAACUCACCGCAGUGGAAAGACACCUUGUUUAUCUUGACAUUUGAUGAGCACGGCGGCUUCGCCGAUCAUGUCGCUCCACCUACAGAUGUUCCAGCUGGCGAUAGUCUGACAUACACGGAGAAGGCGGGCGAUGGGGUUGACUACACAUUUCAUUUUGACCGAUUGGGCGUGCGCGUCCCCACCGUGUUGGCUUCGCCGUGGGUCGGGAAAGGGUUGAUCCAAAACAGGCCCGGCGAGGGAAACGGAGAUUUCACCCAUACGUCUAUCUUGAAGUUUCUCUCGGAGCUUUGGGAUCUAGAAAUUCUUUCCCCACGUGUCGACUGGUCACCGUCUUUGAGUAGUCUGAUUACUUCUAACUUCCGCGACGAUACCCCUGAGAAGCUUCCAAAUGCCGCAGAUUUCUAA